AUGGCUUGGCUUAAGAGGAACGUGUUAAAGGCGCCGAAACGUCCAAGGUUGGGCAUUAUGUUUAUACUUUUCAUAGCUCAAGGUCACGGUUAAUACGAUUUUGGUGUAAAUAUUUGUUUUAAGUAGAAAGUUUUGCAGGUUUUUGUCUAAAAAUUCUGUUUUUAUUGAGUUUACUGAAGUAAAAAUCAUAUUUUUUUUGAAUUUUGGCAAUCUACAUCAAUAUUUUGGAGGAUUCUUGAAUUUUUUGUAAUAUACAUUGUCAAAAAAAGUUUACAUUUUCUAUAGUUGUAUUUUAGCUGCAGUACGUAUGGUUCUGUACAAGGAGGUCUAAAAACAAUCCCGGUCUUGUAAGUCUUUUCGUCUUGUCUAUGAUAAGGUUAUGUUGUUGAACACGAUUGUCCCAAAAAACAAUUUUUUAUAAAUCCUAAAGACAAUCAAAAGUGACGUUGCUAUGAAAGUCUACUCAAAUCUCUGAAAUUACAGUAAUGAGCAUCAGUUAUCGCUGACUAAUCAGCCCAUCACUAUAUAACUUGACCUUCGACUGGUUUCGUUGCUAAUUUCGCAAACUUAUUUUGUUAUUUCCCCAAUGACUCACGCCUUAAAGCCUUUGAAAAACAUUUUAUUGUUACGGAAAAAUAGUUGGGAGAUUUCCAACGUUCUUUCCCCCGUUCUUUUUUAUUUGUGAAAAGAGGAAACUGAACCUAAAACAAUGUCCCAGCGCUUUUUACACUACUUUUUAGAUUCUUUCUUGAUGUUUGACAAUUUAGUUUGUUUAAUUUGGGUUUUUCAAGGCUUGGUUUGUUAAUUUAGAUGUUUAUGAAUUAGUUUAUAAGGGGUUUUUGUCGCGAAAAGUUGGUAGAAUAUGAAAAAAUUUUUGUUUUUAUGUCAUUUUUGGUAUUUUUUUAUAAAUUUUUGAUUACUUUAUGGCAAUAUUGGUAUGUUGAAGCUUUGAAAACAUGAGUUAUCUUAUGUUUGACGUUUUGAAAGUCUUUUUUGGUGUUUUAUGUUGUUUUUGAGGUCUGUUUUUGGAUGAAUAUGCUGUUGGGAAAGCAAAGUUAUCAUAUUAUAAACAGAUUUACUCUUUUCUGAUGUUUCUAAGGUUAUAGUACGCUUUUUAAUAGUGUUUGACAAUGAUUUUAAGAUCUUUUAAAGUUAGUUUUUUAAUUUUCAAGAAGUUUAAAAAAUUUUUGCAGGGUGCGGUUUAAAGUAAUUUUAUAAAAAAAAUUAAAAACCGCUUUUAGUAACAUCUUUUUUUUGUAAACUACGGUGUAUCUACCAUUACUUGUAUUUUCAAAAAAUUUAUAAAAUAUUUUGUAGUUUAUAUAAUUGAUAAGGGAGUUUUAGUAUACUUACUGUACUUUUAAAAGGAUAAAAUAUGUUGUAGUUAAUUUUUGUGGCUUAAAAUGCGUAGAAACGUUUACUUUUUAUUAUUUGACUAACUUUUGCUAUGAUUGUUCAAAAUGUCGUCUACCGUACUUGUCGUGAAGUGUAGGUAACAUGUAUUUAACUUUGGUACUUGAUGUUGUUAUUUAUACUAAUUUAGUAAUUGUGUAAAUGUAUGACAAUAUAUACAAUAUUUAGCGAGAUUUCAUGCCAACUUCAAUGUAUUAAUUGGUUUCUUGCUUUCAGGAUGGCAAACCGAAAGAAUUUUUUGGUAUGUCCGGGCAAACCGGCGUCAGAAGUGGAUAUAGCGAGCAGAGUGACGUCGUACAUGGAAACAUGUAUGUCGUUGAAUGAAGAAGUGAAGCAGGCGGUGAAAGAGGGUCUGAAUGUUUUGAAUCAACGCCGACGAAACGCUUUCUUCAACGAUGACAUUGGCAAAACGUUGAGCAGUGUGGAGGCUCUUCAUUUGUGAGUUUGGUUUGGAAGUUUUGAGGAAAUAUUAAAAAAGAGGACUUUGGAUAUCCAUAAAUGGCAUAAAGUUCGUCUUUUAUAAUACAUCUUGAUUUAAAAUUACUUUUAGCGAAGGGAACAAAAAAACUUAAAAACUGUCAUAAAUUGUUACUAUCAACAUUAUUUCAGGUUUUUUUUGAAAGAACGAUUAAAAUAAUGUUUUUUACACCUAUUUUCAUAAAUUUGGUCUUUACAGGUACUACGAUACUUUUGUAGCACUGGAUGAAAAGAUACCGAUCAGAGAUGGAGAAUGCCCAAUUCCAUUCAGGUGGAAGAGCGCUUUCGACAAAGGUGGAUUGUUUGGUGGCAAACGUGAUUUGAGUAAGGUUUUUCAAAUGUUUCUUUCUGAUUUUAGGUAAUAAAAGAGCUUUGAAAGACUUUUUGGCUGCACGAUGUGGUAAACUAACGAUGCAUUGCACGAGUGCUGUGCAAGAUCAUUUAGUUUUUAUAAAUUAAUUUUUAGCUCACAAUUACGGCUCCUACGAAAAAGCUUGUGUUUUAUUCAACAUUGCUGCAUAUCAGUCCCAGUUCGUAGCCACCAGACCACUUCAAGAUGAUGAAGAACUUCGUCAAGCCGUCGGCUUCUUCAAAGGCUCUGCCAAUAUCUAUAACUACUUGAAGGACGAAGUUAUGCAUUUGAUUCCAGAAGAAUUGCCAAAGGAUAUGCAACCUCAGCUGCUGAAUGCUUUGGCUCAACUCAUGAUCACUCAAGCUAACGAAAUCAUGUACAUCAAGGCGGUGAAAGGUGAAUAUUUGGGGAUGUUUAGUGAUUUGGGUGACGUUUUUGGAACCUAAGGUGUCAAAAUGACGAGAUUUGAAAAUUUUUAAGGUUUGCUACUUAAACAUUCAAAAAAAUCAAGUUUUUAUAGCCUAGUCAUGUUGUUGGUCAAAGUAAAACAAUUAUAAUAUUAAUAUUUUAGACAAGAACAGUCCCGCGAUUCUGAAAACAGUAGCCAUGCAAUUGUCGGAUUCUUAUGGUCAAUUGUACAAACUUUUCAAUUACGAACAAGCCAGAGGCAUUGUGGAUAAGGUAAGACAUUAAGCUUUUAAAAUAGCUUUUUUUGUUAAAAAGGAUAAUUUUUAUGAAUUCAACACUCCUUUUGGAUACAGAUUAUAAUUUUAGUAAAUAAAAAUGACAUUAUUUGAAAAUCCUUGCAUUUCAGAACUGGUACACAGUAAUACAAGCAAAAGAGCAUGCUUAUCACGCGUUUGCCGCUAAACAUCAAUACGAUGAAAUAGAACCCCAAAAGUUGGCAUCUCUGAAGGAAAGAUUAGGAAGAUCCAGGGAAAUUGUGGAAUUGUUGGAGAAAGCGGCCGAUUUGUUACCUAAAAACUUUGAAAAAGAACUGGCAGAUGCGAGAAAUGAAAAGGAGAAGUUGGACAAGGACAACAAUUUUAUUGUAUGUUUGCGGAAAGUAAAAAAGGCGUUGCGGCAGAGAAUUGAAAUUUAUAAAUCACUUAAUUUUAAAAUUAAAAAAUGUUUCAGUACCACGCCCGUGUACCAAGCCGUACCGAACUGCCAGCAAUCCCGCGAAAACUUAUUUUACAAACCGGAGACUUGAAGUUUCCCUUCUCGAAACAGUUCAAAGAUCCCUUCACUGAGUUGGUAUCAGCUUCCGUAUCAAAGGCUGUCAACCUCUUCCAAGGAAAACUGAAGGAACGUGUUCACCAAGCUGUUAGUCAGCUCAGGAACAGCGACAACGACGUCAAAGCGUAGGUUUUUAAAAGAUUAAUGGCCGAUACAAACUGAUGUUUUGAGGCAAAUUCGAAUUUACAAAGAUAAUUUUGAAGGCUUAGGUUAAGUAAAAGCUUUUAAAGGUCAUAAACUUAACAAUAACAAUAUAAAUUUUUAGAAAAUUGGCCGCGAUCAACAUGCCAGCACUAGUUGAAGACUCGACGAAGCAAGAAAGAAUCCCAGCUUCGAUUGUCAAGAAAUCAGAAGCCAUCCGCUCCAAGGGAGGCUAUCAUGCGAUCGAAACUAAGGAGAAGGAUCUCCUGAAGGCUUCGGAAGAAACAGCCACCCUUAUCAACCAAAUCAAAGACAAACUCGACCAAGAAGAGCUGGCAGACGAAGCUCUUCGUGACCAUUACUCUGCCAGAUGGACCUGCAAACCUUCGAAUCAGCUCACGAUGAAGUUCCGCCAAGAGAUUGGCAAGUAUCUCGGCAUAAACAAGACUGCACAAUCAGCUGAUGAAAAGGUUCGCUCCAAGAUACGACUAUGUGAAAGAGAUGUUACGGUUAUGACCGGUCCAAGAGAACAGCUUUUGGAAAGAGUACCGCCAAUUCAAUCGACCGGUAAUGAUCAGAGUCAGGCGGUAGAGAAGCUGAAAGAGUUGUGGACGGUGAUGGAGAAGGAGAUGAACAUGGUUCAGAAGUUGGAGGAUAGGUUGAAUGAUGUGAGUUGGGAUAAAAUUGAGAAUAAGGAAGUAAAAGGUGUUGUAGUAGAUGGAUUUUGAAGAAUAUGUCCAUUUUUUAGUAUUUGAGGCAAUAUGUAGAGCUUUAUUGCUUUCUUAAAGAUUAUUAAUGGGUCGAUAAGUAAUAUUUAUAUUUUGUUGGUUUUUUAUUACCUUAUUAUAGGUCAAAUUCGACUCAACCCAACACUUUGUCCAACUCCUGAAACAAGAAGGCCAACUCGAGGAUUCAGAAGUGAAUUCCUUUGCGGAUCAGAAGCUAAACGACCUCUUCCAACGUCUCACCGUAGAGUGCAAUCAAAACACAGAAUUGAGAACAGCUUUAAUCGAGGAAAUGAAGGUCUGGCAUCAGAAGUUUAGCCACGGUGGAAACGAGGACGACGCACGGUCAAGAGCUUUGAAACAACUCACGGCCGCGUACGAUGUGUUCCUGGAGUGUGAAGGCAAUUUACAGGAGGGUGCGAAGGUAAGGAUUAUUUUUGAAUUUUUUGAACCAAAAUUCAAAAAUUUUAAUUUAAAAAAAUUUUUUUCAGUUCUACACGGACCUAAAAGCCCUCCUAACCCGCCUCCACCAACAAAUUGACGACUUUUGCUUCGCACGCCAAACCGAACGUGAAGACAUGGUACAGCAGAUGGAGGCCGGCAAACGACCAUUCGAAGUCAUCCCACCUGUGGUCGAUGCCUACAAGAAGAAGAAGGGCCUGAACUCGGAAGCCAUCCGCGAAUCAAUCCGCGCUCCACCACCACGCCCACCCCCACCGUCCACCGCCGGCCAACAACCUCAAGCACCCCCACACUCGGCUAGUAUGUUUAAUUUCCUUUCUCUUAUUCAUAAGUUGCGCACGGCUUGAGGGUGAUUGAACUUUUAAAAUUCUUUCUUAUGAGGUUGUAUAAAAAGUAAUGAGCUAUGUAUAUCAUAGCGAUAUGGAAUUCAGUAGCUCAUUAGUUUUUAUACAACCUAACAAAUUUGAAUUUUUUAUCAAUUUUAAAGAGUUUUUGAAAUCUUUAAAACAUUUUUUUAGUUUUGAAAAUAUUUUGAAGUUUUAAUUUUUAACUGGAAUUUUGAAUUUUUGUUUUUCUGGUAACUUUUUGAACUCAAUUUUUUGGUUUUCUCCUUUUUAAUGUGUUGUAUUUAAUAUAAUGGUAUUUAAUCAAUCCCCGAGUGAUAUUGUUCUAUUAUAACGUGCUGUAAACUUGCUUCCCACCCUUAUUAUCUUAAGAUUGUUCCCAAUGUAUCAAAAUUUGCAUUUCCCUAACGCUUUACGAUAAACAUAUGAUUAUUAAUUUUUGAAGUUUAUUCGUCUUGUAAAAUAGAGAAAUGACUAAAAUUAUAUAAAUCACUUAAAAAUGAUUUUUUUGAAUUUAUUUUAACAUGUUACCUAAAAACGGCAUUUUAUACCGUUUUUCCCACCAAAUUUAAUAUUUUUGAGGGUUUUUUCAAUUUUAUCUCUGCAUAAUUUGGAUUUUCCAAUAUUUUAAAAUUUUGUUACCUAAAAUCAAAAAAUUUCAAAUUUUGACCCAAUUGCAACCGAAAAAUUGCAGCACCAAAAGUGCCAGACAUGGACCAGUUGAACCUGAACCCAAGUGCUCCACAAAUCCCACCAAGGCAGAGCAACGCACCAUUACCUCCGGCCCAUCAACAAGGACCACCACAAGGUCCGCCUGGCUAUCAACCGAACACUCAGUACAAUCAAUGGCCCCAACAGUACCAACAACAAGGCUACGGGUAUGGUCAACCUCAACAGCCAUUCUCGAACCAACAAAUGUUCCAACCCAUGCCCAAUCUGCCCUUCUAUGGCGCUUAUCAGACCGAGAAUAACAGUAGGUUUUUGGGAGGGGUGACUUUUUGGGUAUGAUUUUAGGAGGGAGGGGCGUUCUUCCUUUUUUCAAUUUUCUUUAAAAUGGAAUUUUUUUGAAUUUUUAGGUAAUAAAUGUUUCAAACUUUGAAGAAUAAUAAAAAAAACCAAUUUUCAGCCUACCAGCAAUACGCCGUACCCUACCCAACCCAGUACCCGAACCAUCCACAACCCCAGUACAACCAACAGCCGCCUUACCAGCCAUACACUCAACCACCCAACUCUCAACCCCAAAACCCCGGAAACCCAUUUUCCUAA